CAGGAAAAGUGGGUGACUUGUUCUAUCCGGUUGAAAAGGCAACUUAACCGGUAAUCAUCGGUUGUUUAAGACGAGUUAAAAAUUGACCGCAGUUAAAAUAAUUUGUUGGCUGUUUUGACCACUCUGGUUAAAGUCCUCUCUUCCGACACUGGUUCUUGUCCUCCUGCAACCAUUUAUCAGCUGAGACAUAGUAAAAAAUAAAAGUUAAGAGAGAGAAAUAAAAAGAGAGUAACAUAGAGAGAGAAAGUGAAAGAUAGAAAGUGGGUAGUUGAAAGGGUCAAUUGAAGAAGAAGGCUUUGGUUUUGUUGAGAAUAGAGUCUUGUUUGUUUCUUUGUUUAUGAGGUGUGAGAAUCUGAUAUUUGGGAUCAAGAAGUUUGUUGUGUGUUGAUGAAGUGUGUAUGUUUGGGAUGAGAGAUCUGGAAGAAGAAAGAGAGAGAAGAGAAAACAUGGCAACAUCAGAGGUAACUAUGAAAGGAAAUUGUGUAAACGGAAAAGGAGAAACCAACGACGCUGUAGGAGAUGGUCAACAAAAUGGUUCUUCAUCUACAUCAUCAGGGAGAGAAGCAGAAGCAGCACUUUACAGAGAACUAUGGCAUGCUUGUGCUGGUCCCCUGGUCACAGUUCCAAGAGAAGGAGAGCUUGUGUUCUAUUUUCCUCAGGGACAUAUUGAACAGGUGGAGGCGUCGACCAAUCAGGUGGCGGAACAACACAUGCCUGUUUACGAUCUCCGACCUAAGAUCCUUUGUCGGGUUAUCAACGUUAUGUUGAAGGCGGAGCCAGAUACUGAUGAGGUGUUUGCACAAGUGACUUUGGUACCAGAGCCAAAUCAAGAUGAGAAUGCUGUGGAGAAAGAACCACCCCCUGCUCCUCCGCCCAGAUUUCACGUUCAUUCGUUUUGCAAAACCUUGACUGCGUCUGAUACUAGUACUCACGGUGGAUUUUCUGUCCUUAGAAGACACGCUGAUGAAUGUCUUCCUCCACUGGACAUGUCAAAGCAACCUCCAACGCAGGAAUUGGUUGCCAAGGAUCUACAUGGGAAUGAUUGGCGUUUUAGGCACAUCUUUCGUGGUCAACCACGGAGACAUUUGCUACAGAGUGGUUGGAGUGUUUUUGUCAGCUCUAAGAGGCUGGUUGCUGGGGAUGCAUUUAUAUUCCUCAGAGGUGAGAAUGGGGAGCUCCGAGUUGGUGUCCGGCGUGCCAUGAGACAGCAGGGUAAUGUUCCGUCCUCGGUUAUCUCUAGUCAUAGUAUGCAUCUUGGAGUCCUUGCAACUGCCUGGCAUGCCGUGUUGACUGGUACCAUGUUCACUGUCUAUUAUAAGCCUCGAACUAGUCCUGCGGAAUUUAUUGUUCCAUAUGAUCAAUACAUGGAAUCUCUCAAAAACAAUUAUACCAUAGGCAUGCGGUUCAAAAUGAGGUUUGAGGGUGAAGAGGCUCCUGAGCAAAGGUUUACGGGUACCAUUGUUGGAAUUGAAGACUCUGACUCUAAAAGAUGGCCUAAAUCUAAAUGGCGAUGUCUCAAGGUUAGAUGGGAUGAAACAUCUAACAUACCUCGUCCUGAGAGAGUUUCCCCUUGGAAAAUCGAGCCUGCUCUUGCUCCUCCAGCUCUAAAUCCUCUUCCAAUGCCCCGGCCUAAAAGGCCUCGUUCUAACGUGGUCCCAUCAUCCCCGGAUUCUUCUGUUCUUACUCGUGAAGCAUCGUCUAAAGUAAGCAUGGACCCGUUGCCCGCAAGUGGGUUUCCGAGGGUCUUGCAAGGUCAAGAAUCAUCGACCUUGAGAGGUAAUUUGGCAGAUAGCCACGAGUCUUAUGCCGAGAAGUCUGUCGUGUGGCCACCCGCAGCAGAUGAUGAAAAGAUUGAUGCUGUUUCUACUUCAAGAAGGUACGGAUCAGAGAACUGGAUGUCAGUGUCAAGGCAGGAACCAACAUAUUCGGAUCUUCUGUCAGGAUUCGGGGCUGUCCGUGGAGAUAAUUCUUCCCAACCAUUAUUCGUCGACCAAUCCGGUCAUGUGGCCAACCUUGGUAGAAAAAGUAUGUUGGAUCGGGACGGAAAACAUAAUGUGUUUAGUCAAUGGCCUGUUAUGCCACCUGGUCUGUCACUCAAUUUCUUGCACUCUAAUACAAAAGGUUCCCCACAAGGCAUUCCAGGGAAUAUGAGAUACAGUGCAUUUGGUGAUUAUUCUGUGCUUCAAGGACAUAAAGUUGAAAGUCCUCAUGGAAAUUUUUUGAUGCCACCACCACCUCCUACUCAAUACGAUAGUCCUCAUUUAAGAGAACUAUCACACGAUAGUCCUCAUUUAAGAGAACUAUCACAGAAACAAAUAUCUGCAAAAACAGGCGAGGUUGCAAAACCAAAAGACAGUGUGUGUAAGCUAUUUGGCUUCUCACUUCUCAGUAGCCUGAACACGCCAGAUCCUUCUAUACCGCAAAGAAAUGUUACAAGCGAGUCAGUUAGUCACAUGCAUCUUGCAUCACAACAACAUCAAACAUUUGAAAAUGAUCAAAAGUGUGAGCAUUCGAAGAGCUCAAAACCAGCAGAUAAUGUAGUUGUGGUCGAUGACCAAGGGAAGCUGUUGCAAACUUCUCAGCCUCAGGUUAAAGAUGUUCAACUCAAACCUUAUAAUGCUUCCGCUAGAAGUUGCACCAAAGUUCACAAGAAAGGGAUUGCGCUCGGUCGAUCAGUGGACCUUACAAAGUUCACUGACUAUGAUGAAUUAAUUGCUGAAUUGGAUCAACUGUUUGAAUUUGGUGGUGAAUUGAUAUCUCCACAAAAGGAAUGGCUUGUUGUCUACACUGAUAAUGAGGAUGACAUGAUGCUUGUUGGUGAUGAUCCAUGGCAGGAGUUUUGUUCUAUGGUUCGCAAAAUUUACAUCUACCCGAAAGAGGAGAUUCAAAAAAUGAGCCCCGGUACAUUGAGUUCAAAAAAUGAAGAGAAUCAUUCAGCUAGCGAAGGCACAGACGCACAAGAAACUAAAUGUCAGCCGAAUCAAUCCACUUCAGAUGCUUGAUUGUUUAGUAAAUUUGAUUUUGGUAGCGUCCAGGAGUGGAAUGAAAGAAGUAGAGGACAGUCACAAAGCCAUCCAGUUAGAGAAUAUGUAUGACCUGAACAAGAAACUUUUAAUUCUGAAGUGACCAUGUUUAUGUUUGUGUUUGGAAUCAGAAUAUGGAUGGCAGAAUGAGUAGAGUUUCCAUCCGAUUUUGGACCGUGUCUUGGAGUUAGUGUUAGUAUAUAUAAUAUUUAUAUAUGACUUCCCAAUUAAAAUAUAUAGUCCUAGUAUAUAGUAUGUAAUUGUGUCUUUAGCAAGGUAAUUAUGGUAUGGGAGCCUUGCAUUUUUCAUCAAUCCUUGCCUUGUUCAUAGUUACCGUCCCAUCUCUAGAAGUCUAGAACCCCUUUCUCCCAACCCAUUAAUGUAAUUAUUAUUAUUAUUAUUAUUAUUAAGCAGAUCAUCAUCUACAGGGGCGUUUUAUCCGAUUAUUAUUUUUGAUUAUUUUCACUUAUUUUAGUAGAAAUUUGUGCUGCUUAUGGAGAA